CUCCGUUAAAUGUAUAUAUGUGUGUGCGCGAGUUAAAUAGCGAUACAUACACGUGAAUUUUUGACGUUCCAUACACGCGCGCAAGACCCUGGCUUUCUACAUAGACACACAUACAAAUAUAUAUAGUGGCACAAGAUUUCAGUGUUUGUAUAUAAAUGUGUAUUUGAGUAUUAGUGUUGAACUGCAGAUGACAAUGAUGGCUGCCACCAGCGAAGAACGGAGUGUUAUGGAUCCAUCGCGUACGAAUUCAGUGCAAAAUCAAUCUGUGGACCGUUUGAAGAUGCUUUAUCCAAUGGUGAAUGAAGAUGAAACACCAUUGCCACGUUCAUGGAGUCCAAAGGAUAAAUACAACUACAUUGGACUAUCGCAAAAUAAUCUUCGCGUUCAUUACAAAGGUUACGGGAAGACACACAAAGACGCUGCAAGUGUUCGUACGACGCAUCCAAUACCAGCAGCAUGUGGAUUGUAUUACUUUGAGGUGAAGAUUGUGAGCAAAGGCCGUGACGGUUAUAUGGGAAUAGGCCUCUCAGCACAUGGUGUUAAUGUUAAUCGACUCCCAGGUUGGGAUAAACAUUCUUAUGGUUAUCACGGUGACGACGGGAACAGUUUUUGCGCCUCGGGCACAGGCCAACCAUAUGGGCCUACAUUUACAACUGGUGACGUUAUUGGAUGUGGUGUCAAUCUUGUUGACAACACUGCUUUUUACACCAAGAACGGACACCAUCUCGGCAUUGCAUUCACAGAUUUACCCCCAAAUCUUUAUCCAACAGUUGGACUACAAACGCCAGGCGAAGUGGUUGAUGCAAAUUUUGGCCAACAACCAUUUGUUUUUGAUAUUGGUGAUAUGAUGAAUGAACUUCGAGUUCGAACGAGAUUACAGAUUAUUAAUUAUCCCACACCAGAUCAUGGCCAAGGACACUGGCAAGCAGUUCUUCACAAAAUGGUGUCUACGUACCUUGUUCAUCAUGGAUAUUGCGCAACAGCCGAAGCUUUUGCCAGCAGUACAGGACAAGUGUUCGAAGAGGAUUUAAAUUCGAUAAAAAAUAGACAAAAAAUUUUAAAAUUGGUCCUGGCGGGACGAAUGGGCGAGGCGAUAGAAUUAACAAGUCGAUUAUACCCGGGCCUGCUGGAACGGGACCCAAAUCUUUUAUUUGCGCUCAAGUGUCGUCAAUUUGUUGAAAUGGUAAAUGGAAGUGAUUCGGAAGUUUAUUUGAGUAACAGCGAAAACCAAACGAGCGUCAUACAAUCCACCAAAGCCUAUACAAAAUCUUCGACGAACGGCAACGUUGAGGAUAUGAAUCUUAAUAAUGCCAUUAAUGGUGCUCCCGAGCAACAACAAUUUAUUAAUGGCCAAAUUGAAGACGACGUUGAAAUGGAGGAGAAUACCGUUAUAAACGGUGUGAAAAACACCAAUGGCUAUCAAAAUGGGAACCAAAAUAAUACAAAUGGCUACAAAUGUCAAAAUGGCGAGGACGUCGAUAUGGAAAUCGAUACGACAAAUCACAAUCAACAACAAAAUGGAAAUUGUGGAAUGAAUGUUGAUUGUUCGACGGCUAAGAGCUCAAAGAAACAAUUGUGCGGUGGUAAUAAACAGGCUAUUGAAAAAAUGUUGGAAUUUGGAAGACAAUUGUACGCACAGUCGUUAUUAUUGAGGCAACAGCAUGGCAAAAAUGAGGCGAAUAAGAAAAUGAUACAGGACGCCUUUAGUCUUCUUGCUUAUUCAAAUCCUUGGAAUUCACCAGUUGGCUGGCAACUUGAUCCACAACAGAGGGAAACAGUUUGUGCAAGGCUCAAUUCUGCCAUAUUAGAAUCGAGUAAUUUGCCACGACGACCGCCAUUAGAAGUCGCAGUAUCACACGCCAGGGAGUUGGUACGUUUGAUGUCGAAUGCAGGACUUGGAGCAUGCAGCUUUGCGGUUGUUGACAAUAUUAUUCAAUAUUGACGGUGCCUCCCCCUGCUGCUGCCACGAGCGCCCCUUCAACCUGCCCGAGUGUGGUGAGUGCCCUCGUAUUUAACUGGAAAAAAGUGCCUCACGAUCGGUGGACCCGGCCAACAACGAACGAUUUUUCAUGCCGUCGGAGCGCUGUGAUUCCUAUUUAAAAAAAAUGAAAUGAAAGAAGAAAAACAAAUAAAUAAACAAAAAAACUACAAACAUACAACAACAACAACCAAACAAACAAACAAAAUACCGUGACCCGUUCGGCUUUUAAUCGUGCACAAUGUCCGCGUUAAUCACUUUAACGUUUCAAAAAAACUACGUGUACGAUUUCGGGAACACCGAACUGCAAUAUCACAAAAAAAAAAGAAAUUUAAUUUCGGUUCUUUGCCCCGCUUUUUCCGCCCAAAGGGCUGAAUAUUCUCACUUAGAUAUUGAAAAAAGAAAGAAAAAAAAGAUUUAAUGGCACAGGAAAAGAAUAUUGGAUAAUUGUUGAAUAGAAUAAAAAAAAAAAAAAAAAUUGUCUAGGAAGAAAAAAAGAAGUUAUGGAGAUAAAAUUUAAAAAAUCUGCAAUAAUAAGAUAAUUUAGUAUUUCGAAUUGUCGAUGUACGUAAAAAAAAAAAAAGUUGCUGUCUUUUUUUUUUUUUUGGAAAUUAGAUAUAUAAAAUCGCCUUAGUUCUGCAAUUUCGAGAUCUCAAAUUUUUAUAACGUUCUCAAUCUUUUUUUUAAAAAUUUUUUUCGAAAAAAAAAAAACAGAACGAAAAUGUGUGGAGCAAAAUCCAUUUGGCGGAUUUUUUUCAUCCAAUAUUCAGCUGGAUUUGUGGAGAAAAAAAAAACUCGAUCUCAAACACAAUAUGAUACAAAAAAAAAAAAAUCAUGUUGAUAAACGCUCUGACCUGCCAAUCAAAAAUCACACAUUUUUUUUUUUUAAGUGAUUUAUUCUAAAAAGAAAAGAAUUUUUUUGUUGAAAAAGUGGAAGAGAAUAAUUUGUUUUAAAAAAACAGAAAAAUAACUGCUGCCCUCUACAACGAGCCAUGUUCAAUAAUUAAUAAUCGACGAUAUUUCGCCGAGAAGGAAAAAAAAAUUCUCUCAUUCCCAAUAUCGCGCAAUUUUUUUUUUUUUUUUUUUUUUCUUA